AUGGCAACCAUCAAGGCCAUCGAGGCCCGCUCAUCCGGCCAGGUCAUUGUUGAUCUUACCUCAGUGAUAAAGGAGCUUGUUGAGAACAGCCUUGAUGCUGGUGCCACAUCGAUCGAAGUUCGUUUCCGAAAUAGCGGCCUCGACCUGAUCGAGGUUCAGGAUAAUGGCAGCGGGAUCGCCCCAGAGAAUUAUGAGAACGUGGCUCUAAAGCACUACACAUCCAAACUGUCCUCCUACGAUGACCUCCUUCACCUCCAGACUUUCGGAUUUCGCGGCGAAGCUUUAUCGUCGUUAUGCGCGCUCUCCGACUUUCGCAUCACGACCGCCCAAGCUAACCAGGCCCCGCGCGCGACCCGUCUCGAGUUCGAACAAUCGGGGAAGCUGAGAAAGACAGAAGUAGUUGCGGGGCAAAAAGGUACAGUCGCAUCCGUGGAAAGUCUGUUCAGAAAACUGCCUGUCCGACGACGCGAGCUGGAAAAGAACAUUAAACGCGAGUAUGGCAAGGUCCUGAAUCUGCUACAUGCAUACGCUUGCAUUAGCACAGGAGUACGCUUUACUAUCAAGAAUACACAAGCCAAGAAGACAGUUGUAGUCUUCGCAACGAACGGAAACCCGACAACAAAGGAGAAUAUCGCCAACGUCUACGGCGCGAAGACACUUCUUGCGUUGAUACCGCUGGAUCUGGAGCUGCAGUUUGAGCCGUCUGUAGCUGAAACGAUGAUGGCCGGCGAUAAGAAGAGCAACAUCCAAGUGCGCGGACACAUCUCGCGACCUGUUUUCGGCGAAGGCCGCCAGACGCCUGAUCGGCAGAUGCUCUUUGUGAAUUCCCGCCCCUGUGCGUUGCCACAAAUUACCAAGGCAAUUAAUGAGGUGUACAAAUCGUUUAAUUUGGCUCAGUCACCAUUUGUCUUCGCGGACUUCCAUAUGGACACGAAUGCGUAUGAUGUCAAUGUGUCUCCAGACAAGCGGACGAUCCUGUUGCAUGACGCCGGGGCACUUAUUGAGUCGUUGAAGCAGUCUCUUCAGAAACUGUUUGAGUCUGCGGAUCAGACUGUGCCUCAGUCACAGAUUCUUGGGAAGCUACCGCUCGCUAGACAGCGGUCCUUGCCGGAAACUACUAGGUCUGAUCGAGCUAUGGAACAGGAAGCAUCAGACCGUGACGAACGUGAGGGGGGCAGUCAACCGAACCCGCAAGACAGGAUGAAGGGCCUUCUUGGCAAUAUCAGGACUCGAGACACUCCACCGGAUGAAACAUUGCCCAGGAGAACACUUAGCCAACAACAUUUUUCGCCUGCUUCAUCUUCGCCUGCGCCGGUGCAAGAACCGCAAGAUACAGCCGACGACCGAAUCUCCGAUGACGACCUUUUUGUCAGUCAGACUCCAUCCCAAGCAGGAACAGAACUCCAGGACGUUCAGCAUGACGCACCAGCAUCCCAUUCCCGUGAACUUAUUCCAGACUUUGAAACCCCUAACACUAUACAAAAUGCAUUUGACCGCAUGAGGCCGAGACGUUUACCGGCAGAGAUGGCCACGAUCACUAUCGGCAACAGGACAGUCACGUCAAUGGUAGGGAGCGGCGUGCCUAGGAAGAGGAACACGAGCGACUCACCCACUCUCCCCCCGAGAAAGCGACGAAUUCAUACCCCGUCUCGUCCUAGCAUAUUUGGUCGUAUGCAGGAUUUUGCGGCGCCCGGGUCUCAGAUGUCGACCCAUGAUAGUGACGAGCAGGAGAGUUUUGAGGAUGAGGACGAGGAAGAAGUGGAAGAAAGUGACGGUGUACACGAAGACCUCGAGGCAGAGGCAGGGAAAGAAACCGAGAGUGAAGUCGAAGAUCAAGUUGAGGAAGAAGUGGAAGAAGCUGAAUCUUUCGUACCAUCGGAUGAUAAUGCCACCCAGUCUGACGAACACACUCAGACUGAACCGCAGCCGGCUAAAGAGGAUAUGAACGCCGAGGAAAAGAAAAGACGCGAAGAUGCCGAAGUUCAACGCCUCAUCGAAGAAGCAGGAAAGGCCAAUCAAGCGAACAGUAUCAGCAGAGCGAAUAAACUACACAAGGGCGUCAGUUACAGGGAUUCAACCGUGCAUCUCGCAACUGCAAUCAACGCAUCCCUCUCCAGGAUUGAAUCUCAAGCAAAGUAUAUCCACGACAGCCACAGCAGACGAAACCUUUCAUCCUCUGAAGACGAACUCGACGAAUCUAGACUGUCCCAAGUCGCACCUGAAGAGCGUCUAACACUAACUGUUAACAAAGACGACUUUGCGCGCAUGCGCAUCCAUGGCCAAUUCAACCUAGGCUUCAUUCUCGCCUCGCGAACCACAUCAACAUCGCAUCGCGCAGAGUCCGACCCAGCCUCGGGCCUAGGGUUCAAAGACGAACUCUUUAUAAUCGACCAACACGCCUCAGACGAGAAAAUCAACUUCGAGCGCCUCCAAUCCACAACGACCGUUCAAAACCAGCGCCUCGUCCACCCCAAACGUCUCGACCUCACAGCCGUCGAAGAGGAGAUCGUCAUCGAAAACCAGGUCAUCCUUGAGAAAAACGGCUUCGUCGUUGACGUCGACGACAGCGGUGACAAGCCGAUCGGGCAAAGGUGUAGUCUUCUUUCAUUGCCGCUCUCCAAAGAAGUGGUAUUCGAUGUGCGCGAUCUGGAAGAACUUAUCGCAAUACUAACCGAAACAUCUACACCAAAUACCACGGGUCCGGAAAUUGAUAUCCCUCGGCCCAGCAAAGUCCGCAAAAUGUUCGCGAUGCGCGCGUGCCGGUCCAGCAUCAUGAUUGGCAAGACGCUUACGCAGAGACAGAUGGAGCGUGUGGUUAGGGACAUGGGGACUAUUGAUAAACCAUGGAAUUGCCCUCAUGGACGGCCGACCAUGCGCCACUUAUUCAGUCUGGGGCGUUGGGAGGUGUGGGACGAGUAUGCAGACAUCCAUAAUGCGAGCCGCGAGGACGGUGAUUUAUUAGACCCUGUUGAUGAUUUGAAUGCUUGGAGGGAGAACCACCCCGAAAGCAAGAUGUCCCCCACCUCGCCCGCUAUAAUUGCAGACCCCCAAUCCGCCCCUCAAAAUCCCACCGCGACCUCGACCUCGGCCUCGAAUUCGAACGCCAACACCGGCCAAGACCCCGUCUCUGACACACUCGACCCGCGCACCCUCGCAACAUCCGCCUUCACUGCCUCUCUUCACUCCCUCGGUCAAAACUACACCAGUGCGCUCGUCGAUCGAGCCCAGAACCUCCACUCUAAUUCCCAGGCUUUGAAGAACCAAGAAGCGCAGCUAGCGCGACACACUGAGAGCCUGCGUAAGCAGAAUGACGCUUGGGAGAAAGUUGCAGAUGAGGGACGGAACGCGUUGAAGGAGAUUGGCGACGUGCAGAAUUGGGCGGAGAUGAUUGAGCGCGAUUUGCUUGUUGUUGAGGAUGUUGUAGGGGCUUUGGAGCGGGAGUUGGAGGAAGAAGAGAGGAGGGGUAGCUUGGACGAGGAUGAGGAAUACAGAAUGGAAGGGGCUGAAGGGGGGAUUGGUAGAGAGCUUGACCAUGGCGGGAGCAUGGCCAACGGGGUAGCGAAUGUGAAUGUGAAGAUGAAUGGAAAGGUUGAUAGAAAGGAUGGAGAAGAGGAUGGAAACGACAAGAAUGGAAAGGGGAAACAGACACCGCCAGAGAAGAAGGGGUGGUUCUCUUGGUUGUGGUGA